GACCCGCCCACGCGACGUCGUGCGUUCUUCCUGUUGCGCGUGCGCGCUAUCACUACAGAGCCGCAGCAUGGAGGAUCCAGAAACGCUAGGCUUCGAACACAUGGGUCUAGACCCCCGACUCCUGCAGGCCGUCACCGACCUGGGCUGGUCGCGACCCACGCUGAUCCAGGAAAAGGCCAUCCCGCUGGCCCUGGAGGGGAAGGACCUUCUGGCUCGAGCCCGCACAGGUUCGGGGAAGACCGCCGCUUAUGCCAUUCCGAUGCUGCAGCUGCUGCUCCACAGGAAGGCGACAGGCCCCGCGGUAGAGCAGGCUGUAAGGGGCCUCGUCCUUGUGCCCACCAAGGAGCUGGCACGGCAGGCCCAGUCCAUGAUUCAGCAGCUGGCUGCCUACUGUGCUCGAGACAUCCGGGUGGCCAAUGUCUCAGCCGCUGAAGACUCGGCCUCUCAGAGGGCUGUGCUGAUGGAGAAGCCCGAUGUAGUGGUGGGGACCCCAUCUCGCAUAUUAAACCACUUGCAGCAAGACAACUUGAAACUGCGAGACUCCUUGGAGCUGCUGGUGGUGGAUGAGGCUGAUCUUCUUUUCUCCUUUGGCUUUGAGGAGGAACUCAAGAGUCUUCUCUGUCACUUGCCCCGGAUUUACCAGGCUUUUCUGAUGUCGGCUACUUUUAACGAGGAUGUACAAGCACUCAAGGAGCUGGUACUGCACAACCCGGUUACCCUCAAGUUACAGGAGUCCCAGCUGCCGGGGCCAGACCAGUUGCAGCAGUUUCAGGUGGUCUGUGAGACGGAGGAAGAUAAAUUUCUGCUGCUGUAUGCCCUGCUCAAGCUGUCGCUGAUUCGGGGAAAGUCUCUGCUCUUUGUCAACACUCUAGAGCGGAGUUACCGGCUGCGCCUGUUCCUGGAGCAAUUCAGCAUCCCGUCCUGUGUGCUUAACGGGGAACUUCCGCUGCGCUCCAGGUGCCACAUCAUCUCACAGUUCAACCAAGGCUUCUACGACUGUGUCAUAGCAACAGAUGCUGAAGUCCUGGGGCCAACGGCCAAGGGCAAGCAUCGAGGCAAAGGACCCAAGGGGGACAGGGCCUCUGAUCCGGAGGCAGGUGUGGCCCGGGGCAUAGACUUUCACCACGUGUGUGCUGUGCUCAACUUUGAUCUCCCCCCGACCCCCGAAGCCUACAUACAUCGAGCAGGAAGGACGGCGCGUGCCAACAACCCAGGCAUAGUCUUGACCUUCGUGCUGCCCACAGAACAGUCCCACCUGGGCAAGAUCGAGGAGCUUCUCAGUGGAGAGAAUGGGGCCCCCACCCUGCUUCCCUACCAGUUCCGCAUGGAGGAGAUCGAGGGCUUCCGCUACCGCUGCAGGGAUGCCAUGCGCUCUGUGACUAAACAAGCCAUCCGAGAGGCGAGACUGAAGGAGAUCAAGGAGGAGCUUCUGCACUCGGAGAAGCUUAAGACAUACUUUGAAGACAACCCCAGAGACCUCCAGCUGCUGCGGCACGAUCUGCCCUUGCACCCCGCCGUGGUGAAGCCUCACCUGGGCCACGUCCCCGACUACCUGGUUCCUCCUGCUCUUCGUGGCCUCGUCCACCCUCACAAGAAGCGGAAGAAACCCUCCUCUGCUAAGAAGGCCAAGAAGGCGAAGACCCAGAAUCCACUGCGCAGCUUCAGGCACAGAGAGAAGCGCCAGCCCACAGCAGCACCCUCCUGAGGUUGUCCAGGCAGCCUCAGCAGUCUUCCCGGGCCUCUCCCCGGGCUGAGCACGGAGUAUGGAGCAGGCUUCCCAGCCUGGAGGGCUGGAUUCCGGCCUGGACGGACUGGAUUCCAGGGCGGGCAGGUCUGUGGUGCUUUGCCCUUAACAAUGGAAUAAAGGUUCUUGCUACCUUGG